AUGAUUAUUAAGCUGGCAACCUCAUGGAUCGUUCUCCUAGCGCUUCUGCUGGUACCCACCUGGCUUGGUAGACUCGCCAAUGCCGAAGAAUCUCUUCAGUCGGGGAACGAGACCGUAAUCAGACGUGGUUUCUGCAUCAUUGGCGGCGGUGCAGCGGGGACCUAUGCUGCGAUUCGCCUCCGGGAGCUGGGUCAGGAUGUUGUGCUUGUGGAGAAGACAGGUCGCCUGGGUGGCCAGUCGCGAACGCACUUCGAUCCAGUCACACGCGCCUCGAUCGACUAUGGCGUGAGGGCGUUUGAAGAUUGUUCUGAAACCAGGAAGUUCUUCAAGCAUUUCAACAUCCCGCUGAGUCUUGACACCUCAAUGGCAGACGUUGAGGUCCUGAGAUUUGACUUCCGCACGGGGGUGUCAGUGCCGCCAUACCCAGGCAAUACGAAGGCGGCCAUCGAGCGCUAUACCAUGGAACUUCAGCGAUAUUCGUAUUUGGCUCAAGGAUGGAAUUUCUCGGAACAGGUGCCAGAGCCCCUUCUCGAGCCAUUCGGUGACUUUGUCAAAGAGCACGAUCUGGGGCCGGCAAUGGAGACAGUGACCAUCCUCGCCCAAGGCAUGCACUAUCUGCUUGACUAUGCGACUGCAUAUCCGUUGAAAGUCGUCUCGUUGGGUCGACUCACGGGUCUGGAGCACGGUUACCUGGUCCCCACGCGUCACAAUAUAACGGAGCUCUACAACGCGGCGCAGCGAGAGUUGGGAGAGGAUGUGUUGUUUGGUAGCACUGUUGUGCAUGCUCGGCGGUCGGACGACAAGCUUCACCGACUGACCGUCGAAUAUGAUAAUGGCGAGAGGGUCGUAAUUGAAGCAGAUGCGACUAUCAUGGCUAUGCCCCCUAAGAUUGACGAGAUGGAUGGGUUCGACCUUGACAGUCUCGAAUCUUUCUUCAUUCGCCAGUUCAAGUACGGGUAUGUCUACACGGGUCUGAUGAGGGACAGCGGGCUCCCGGAUGAUACCCGGAUUUUGAACCGCGGGCUCGACACGCCAUAUAGGAUUCCCAGAUACCCAUGCAUAUACUCCAUCCUGUCUUCAGAGGUUCCGGGCAUCCACCUAGUGACGUAUGGAAGUGCAGAGGAGAUGAGCGAACAAGAAGUUCGAGAUGCGAUAGCCGACGAUAUUGUUCGACUCCAGGAAGGGGGUCUCAAUACGACAGAGCCAACAUUCCUUGCUUUUGCCAUCCAUAGUCCAUACGACAUGUAUGUCAGCCGAGAGGCAAUGAAAGCGGGAUUCUACCAGGACGUGAAAGACUUGCAAGGGCAUCGCAACACGUAUUGGAUUGGAGCCGCCUGGGAGCAUCCGGACUCAUCGGCUAUCUGGAGGUCUGUUGAUCGCUUGCUCCCUGCGAUCAUUGGGGAUUAG